AGAGCCUAGAGGGGCAGAGGGCGUGACCCUCUUAAUCAUCCUUCACUUCCUUUUUUUUUUAAGUUGACUUGGCAAAGUCAGCCACAUCGGCGGCAGAAGCAGUGACUCCUCCUCAGUGGAACUGACUUGCGAGAGUGAGCUUUCUCUGCUGCACAUUUGUGGCUUCUGUGGACAUAUUAGUAACCGGUAGUUUUAGCUCCCAGUCUCCCAGAGUUGCCAAAGCGGUUAGAAGUCAUUCGGAAAACCUAUUAGCCGAAUCUUUCUGAUCCAGAAGGCCAGCUGGCUUCUCCUGAAGUACUUUCGAAAUUUGCAGCAACCACUGAUCCUGGUCCAGGUGACUGGGGAAGACGCUGAGGGUAUAAACCCAAACAUUGAACCUGAAGACCCGGCGCAAAGUAGAAACUGAAAGUACCCAGCUUACUCUGCCGGCUGAUCCUACGGAAGUCAUGGCAAAGCCAGAGCGCCUGGGUGGCCGCCGGUGAUGCAUGCGGCCCCUCCUGGGAUGGAUGGACCAGGCGCAGCGUGGGUGAGAGGAGUCAGCUGCCUGGACUGCCCUGCCCAGCACCGGCUUGCGGCCACUCGGCGGAUGACCGGGGUCCUGGGCGUGAUUAUGGGUGGUGAGAGCCCGCUCCUGCUGCAGUCCCAGUCAUCAUGACUACACCCACCUCCCGCAGACCAUGUUCCAUGUUUCUUUUAGAUAUAUCUUUGGAAUUCCUCCCCUGAUCCUUGUUCUGCUGCCCGUCACAGCAUCUGACUGCCACAUUAAAGACAAAGAAGGGAAAGCGUAUGAGAGUGUGUUGAUGAUCAGCAUCGAUGAAUUGGACAAAAUGACAGGAACUGAGAGCAAUUGCCCAAAUAAUGAACCAAACUUUUUUAGAAAACAUCUAUGUGAUGAUACAAAGGAAGCUGCUUUUCUAAAUCGUGCUGCUCGCAAGUUGAAGCAAUUUCUUAAAAUGAAUAUCAGUGAAGAAUUCAAUGUCCACUUACUAACAGUAUCACAAGGCACACAAACACUGGUGAACUGCACGAGUAAGGAAGAAAAAAACUUAAAAGAACAGAAAAAGAAUGAUCCCUGUUUCCUAAAGAGACUACUGAGAGAGAUAAAAACUUGUUGGAAUAAAAUUUUGAAGGGCAGUAUAUAAACAGGACAUGUAGUAGCAACCUACAAGAAUCUACCGGAUUAUACACUUGGGGAGGUUGAAGCCCGCCCAGAAGUUUCUGGAUGCCUUCUGGUCAAGUAAACCAAGCAUCUGGGAAAUGCACAGUGAGGUAACGGAUGAUGGACAUGGAUGAGGUAACGGAUGAUGGACAUGGAUGAGGUAACGGAUGAUGGACAUGGAUGAGGUCAUGGAUGAUGGACAUGGAUGAGGUCAUGGAUGAUGGGCAUGAGACAGGGAGCUGACCCCUGCUGUCAGCAUAUACACAUGGAGAUGGAUCAACCACACAGAGUUUGUAAAGCAACCAUGUCAUCUGUAAUGCUUUUUAAACCAUUCCAAAUAUUUCUAACACUAUCAAGUCUACAAAAAUCAAAAUCUAUGGAGAUUCAGAGUCGCCACUGUUUUGUUAACAACCACUGGGGGAGUGGAACUGUCCUGUUAUAGACUGGAGACACUGGAGGGCUCACAGUGAUGGUUAAUGCUCUUGAAGACAAGAGUCAUGUCUUAAAACAGUAGCAGCAGCAGCAGCAGCAACAGCAGCAGCAGCAGCAGCAGCAGCAGCAGCAGCAGCAAAAAGAAGCUUACGGCACUUAAGGCAUCGACAAAUGUAGUUAAAUAUGAAUGUAUAACACAUAACUUCAGUAAAGAGCAUAGCAGAUAUUUUUUAUAAAAAAGUAUUUCUAAAGACAGAAAUGUACUUAGCCCAAAGAUACUGAACCUUAGUAUUCAGUCACUUUUGCCAUUUAUGUAUAAUAAAGCUUGUAUAACUGAGUUUUCAAUUUGGGAAGUAUAUUUUUAAAAGAAUAAUAUAUGCUAGACUUUUAAUUAAUGUAUAUACUUAAUUUUGACAAUAUAUAUAGUAUUU